AUGGCUUCGUCGCUUGUCCUGGGCUCUGUGCCUCAAGAAGAGAUGAACGAGCUGCAGAGCAGCUUCUUUGAGCGGCUCCAGCGGGAGCCGGACGUGCCGGUGGCGGUGCUGGCCAUCGAGGCGCUGACGUCUGCGAUUGCUGCGUCGUCUGCAACGACGAUUAUGGGGCUUAACGACGAGAUCAAAGAGGCGUCGCGGGAGCUUGUUGCGGUGGGCGGAGGGUCGAUUGCGCUAUCGUCGGCGUGUGCGUUGUUUGCGCGGUUCGCGACGCGGACGUCACUCGACUUGCCGGACAUUUCCGAGUGCAAGGCCAAGAUUGUGGGGCGCGGGACGGCGUUUGCGGAGCGUGCGUCGCAGGCGCGGACGCGGAUUGCAGAGCUUGGGACCGAGUUUAUCCGCGACGGAGCGGUCAUUCUCACCCACUCGUACUCGCGAGUGGUGGCGGCGGUGCUGCUCGCCGCAGCGCGGCAGGCCAAGCUGUUCUCAGUCAUUGUCACCGAGUCGCGGCCGGACACAUCGGGCCACUUGUUGGCGGCUAAGCUGCGCGCUGAGGGCAUUCCGGUUACGCUCAUUCUCGACGCCGCUGUGGGCAAGGUUAUGGAGCAGGUCGACAUGGUGAUCACCGGUGCGGAAGGCGUGGUCGAGUCUGGUGGCAUCAUCAACAAGAUUGGCUCGUACCCCAUGGCUAUUGUGGCCAACUGCUUUAACAAGCCGUUCUACGUCGCCACCGAGUCGUUUAAGUUUGCUCGCCUCUAUCCGCUCGAUCAGGACGACUACCCGUGCGCCCAGUUCAGCCUAGAGGAAUCGUCGGUCGAAGACCCGUCUGCGCCUGGCACGCUCCUCACCCGCUCACGCAUCGUGCCCGACGGCGACGAGCCCGAAGUCACUCCGCUUUCGGUCUCGUCAGUCGAUUACACCCCGCCCAAGUUUAUCACCCUCCUCAUCACCGACCUCGGCAACCUAACCCCGUCGGCCGUCUCGGACGAGCUUAUCAAGCUCUAUUAUUGAAGUGCUGCGAUGACUA